AUUGCUAAAUGUGCCAAUGCCAUCUUAUUUACUCUACUACUUUUGUAUAUCUCCAGUUUGUUCAACCAAAUUAAUCUGGCUUCUGCAGCUGCAAAACACAGCAGCAGUAGUGUAUAUGCUUCUCAUCAUCAUGGCCUUCCUCGCCACGGCCGCCGCCACAGAAACCAUUCUAAUUCUGCUGCAUCAUCAGAAGAUCAUUCCAAUGCAAGACUCGAUCGAGCUUUUCUUGCCCUCCAAGCAUGGAAACGAGUGAUGUACUCAGAUACACACAACUAUACCUCAAAUUGGAAGGGUCGUUCAGUUUGCACUUACAAAGGUGUGUUCUGUGCACCUGCUCCUGAUGACCCCAAAAUCCAAGUUGUUGCUGGCAUUGACCUUAAUAAAGCUGACAUAGUCGGAUUCCUCCCAGACGAAUUAGGCCUCUUGUCGGACCUUGCACUUAUCCAUCUGAAUAGCAACCGCUUUUGUGGCAUCCUCCCUCAGAUGGCCAACCUCACACUCCUUCAUGACCUUGAUAUCAGUAACAACAGAUUUGUUGGUCCUUUUACUGUAGUCAUCUCCCUCCCUGGUCUAAGAUAUCUUGAUGUUCGCUACAACGAGUUUGAAGGGCCAUUACAUCCACAACUCUUCAGCAACAUAGUACAAUUAGAUGCAAUAUUUGUAAAUAACAACCGCUUCACUAGUAUAAACACCAGUGUGGUUGUGUUUGCUAACAAUAACUUCAGCGGAUGCCUUCCUCCGAGCAUAGCCAACUUUGCAAAUACAUUGGAGGAGCUUUUGCUUAUCAACACAAGCUUAUCGGGAUGUCGUCCACAACAAGUUGGCUUUCUGUAUAAACUAAGGGUGUUGGAUGUGAGCAAUAACAAGCUUGUUGGUCCUAUAGUAGAUAUUUUAUCUUGUAAAUACUUGAUUCAGAUUCUACCUGGGUGA